AUGAUUGACUAUCCCAACCACAAUGAUGAGCCGCGCCAACAGACGGACGCCCACGAGCUGCCGGCAACAGGCCGGAUCACGAGUUUUGCAGAUCGUCUUGACCUCCCCAGUGACACGGUAUUCCAUCUAGCGUGGGGAACCGCGCUGGGCGUCUAUCAGAAUAUCGAUGUAGUGACACUUGCCUGCUACACGAAUGAAACAGGUCGACGGUGCCAGGUCGCACGGCCCAGCGACAAGACCCUAACGGCGGCGCUGUGUGAAGUUGCCGCGACGGCAGAGCCGAUAGAUGAAAUCAGUCUAUGUCAGGCGGCGGUGCGUGUCAGCUCACACCUCGAGGAAGACGCAGCGGUGCCGCAUCCAAUGCUGGAGCUUGUGGUCCAAUCCAGGACGGAUCCAAUGACAGCUCAGCUCCAUUUCUCUGAGGGGGCCGUAACCCCCCUACAAGCAGAGGGGAUGCUGCGAGUCUUUUGUCGCGUUGUCGACGACAUUGUGUCCCAACCAGAGGCCACAAUGGGGGAUCUCCAGCUCUGGGGUCCCUGGGACCUCACCCAGUUGCGCCACUGGAGCCCCCCGGCGCCCCCGCGCGUAGAGGCGUGUGUUCACCGACUGAUUCUCAAUCAAGCCGCAGUCCAUCCCGAACGCUCCGCCGUGGUGGCCUGGGAUGGCACCUGGUCGUAUGCUGAGCUCGAGCACUUGUCCGCGCGCCUGGCAGCCCAUCUCGGGGCGCGGGGGGUAACUCGGUGUAGCCUGGUGCCCAUCUGCCAGAGCAACUCACGCUGGGUCGUGGUGGCGCGGUUGGCCGUGAUGCGAGUCGGCGCCGCGUAUCUCCAUUUGGACCCAACACACCCGCUGGACCGGCUACAGGCUAUUGGUCGGCUCACGCGGGCCACGAUCAUGCUGACCGACGAGGCUCAUGCGGACCUGGCCCGGCAGCUCGACCUCGAGGGGGUCCUUCUUGGCCCUGGCCAUCUUCCCCCGCAGACCGAUGAGUUUGUGGACGCUGCGGUGACCCCCGAGGACCCGCUCUACGUGGUGUGCACGUCCGGGUCGACCGGGAUUCCGAAAGCCGUACUCGUGGAGCACGGCGCCUUCUGCACCGCUGCCCGAACGUUGGGCCCAGCCCUUGGUCUGACGGCCACAUCGCGGGUUUUGCACCUAGCGAGCUUGGCCGUUGAUAUCAGCAACCGCGACGUUUUCAUGACGCUGAUCCACGGCGGAUGUGUUUGUAUGCCGCGGGACGGGGAGGCCUGGGAUGACGUGGCCGCCGUCUUUGCCCGGUACGAGGUCAACUGGGUCAGUAUGACCCCGUCCGUGGCGCAUAUGGUGGAGCCCGGGCGGCUGCCGCAGCUGCAAGCACUCGUGCUGGCCGGGGAGCGACCCACGGCCAGCGUCGUGUCCAAGUGGGCGCCGUAUACCAACCUAAUCAACGGCUACGGGUGCUCCGAAUGCGCUGCCGUGAGUGCCUUUGAGCCCCAUCUGCGUCCGUCUACCGAUCCACAGAGCGUUCGUAGUCACCGGGGUCACGCGACGCUUUGGAUCGUUGAUCCGGAUGAUCCCCAACGUCUGCAGCCCGUGGGUGCCGUGGGCGAGAUCGUUAUCGAGGCGGCUAGUGUCGCGCGGGGCUAUCUGGGACUAUCGGACCAAGCCCUGGACGUGUUCGUCGACGGCACCACGCUGCCAUGGCGAUCUUCCUUCCCCGACCACGCGCCGGGCGUGCGAUUUUACCGCACCGGAGAUCUGGGCCAGCACACCGGCGCCGGCACGCUUCGGGUCCUGGGCCGCAAGGACCACCAGGUGAAAAUCCGCGGCUUCCGGGUGGAGCUCGAGGAGAUUGAACGGGCGACGCAACCCUUGCUGCCCCAGCUGCACGGUGGGGUCGACGAUGUCGUGGUUGACUUGGUCCGGCUGCCAGGCGGUGCCGAGUCGACCCUCGUGGCCUUCCUGACCCAUCGCGCCGGCUCGGUCUCGUUGAAUGGGAAUGACCUUCAGGAAGGGUUGGACAUCGCGUACGAGCGACUCGAUUAUGCCAUUGCCAAUCUAACCCUCAUCGAAAACUCCCUCCGCUCCCGUUUACCAUCGUAUAUGAAGCCGGCUCUGGUCAUUCCCCUGGGUCACCCGCCGCGGACGAGAUCCGGCAAACUCGAUCGCCGCCGUCUCUGCCAGCUCGCUGCAGACAUCCCCCCCGCCGUCCUCACAAGAUGCCGCGGCAGCAGCAUCAGCUCGCCCGCCAGCCCGCUGGCUGACUCGGAGCGGCUGCUGCUGCGGCUCUGGAUGGAGGUGCUGCCGGAAGCCCCGGGGGGCUUCAGUGGUGCAGCGCAUUUCUUUCACUGUGGCGGUCAUUCCAUCGCGGCCAUGAGCCUAGUCGCCCAUGCACGAGAGUGUGGACUCUCCCUCACCGUUGCGGAUGUCUUCGCGCAUCCUGUCCUCGCGGACCUUGCCCGGGUCAUGCGGCCGGAGCGGGCCGAGUCGCCCCCGAUAGUUCCGUUUCAACUCCUCACGUCGACCGCGUGGUCUCUACAGCACCUUGCCGCCGAAUGCGGCGUGACGCCGGCCGAGGUUGAAGACGCAUAUCCUGCCACCGCUGUUCAAGAGGGCCUCCUGGUCCGCACGGCGCAGCGGCCGCACGAUUAUGUGGAUCAGAGAGCGUUUGCGCUGCCUGCCGACAUUGACCUCUCAAGGCUCGUUGACACAUGGAGGGCUGUAUCUAGUGCCAAUCCUAUUCUCCGCACACGACUGGCUCAGUUAGGCCCUGACGACAUGGUGCAGGUCGUACUCCACGCCCCCGUUGCCUGCCCGGUCGUCGAGGGCCCGCUGGACGACUACCUCGACCGAGACUGGGGCACUUCUUUCGGCCCGGGAACCGCACUGGUGCGUCUGGCCGUGGUCCAGGAGGAAGGUCGAGCAUUCUGCGUCCUAACUAUGCACCACGCCGUCUACGACCACUGGACCUUACCCCUCCUGCGACAGCAGCUCGAGGCGGCGUACGCGGGCCGGCCCCUGGAGUCCCGCCCAUUCAAUCACUUUAUUAGGCAUGUUGUCGACAGCCAGUCCAAAGCAGAGUCUUACUGGCGCGAGGCACUUGCGGAGAGCGAGGCUGUGCCUUUCCCUCCGCGACCCUCAGGACCGUGGACGCCCAUGGCGCAAUCAAGCGCCCAACAAUCGGUUCCCCUGUCCCCACACAACGGCCCCAGAGACUUCACAAUCUCAACGUGGAUCCAACUGGCAUGGGCCCUGACGGCCGCUCAGUACACCGGCGCGUCUGAGGUUGUAUUCGGAGUGAUGGUGUCUGGCCGUGAUGCCCCAGUACCAGGGAUCGACCGGACGACGGGCCCCACGAUUGCCACCGCCCCCUUGGCAGUGUGCCUGGCGCGCGGAGACACGGUCCGGCAAGCCUUGGAGUCGAUGCAGCGGCAGAUUCAGACUAUCAGUGACUUUGCACAGCUGGGGUUGGUGCGUAUUGCCCGGCUAGGAGCCGCCGCGGCGCAGGCGUGCCACUUCGAGACGCUGGUGUCCGUGCAGGUAGCAGAUCACACUGCAAAGCCCGCACAGCAAGAGAUUCUGGGUCAGACCCAUCAUCACCGUCGGGCCCUGCCGCGGGAGUAUGCGUUGGCUCUGGAGUGCACCAUCCACGAUGGCCAUGUCGCGGUGCGAGCGGAGUUUGACGACCGCGUACUACCGCACUGCCAGAUGGACCGCGUGCUGGGCCUAUUUGGCCACUUUCUGCAGAUAAUUAACAGGCAACAUGACCUGUCUCUGGCUGACCUACCGGUGCUCCCAUCCUCCGACAUGGCCGAGCUCUUACGUUGGAACGGGACCCUUCCCGAAUCGGCCCGGACGAGCAUCCCCGAGACAAUCCAGCAGCACAUCCGCACGAGCCCUGAGCGCCGGGCCGUGUACGCGUGGGACGGCUCUUUCAAUUACCGCGAGUUGCACUUCCAGGCCAUGCGCCUCGCGCGUCGGUUGGCCGCCGCCGGCAUGGGCCCCGGCUGCAUCAUCCCGAUCUGUAUGGAGAAGUCUCGCUGGACCCCCGCGGCUAUGCUGGCCGUACUGCUGACCGGCGCGGCGUUCGUGACACUGGAGCCCUCGCAGCCGGUGGCGUACCGGCAAACCAGUGCGCCCCUGGCGGCGGCGCUCGACCUACCCGCUGUGGUCCUGGUCGACCACGACGAUGCGGCCGGCACAGCAGCUGACUGGGUCGAUGCCAGCACGGCGGAUGCAACAGCCUACUUUGUUUUUACCUCCGGAUCCACUGGUAUGCCCAAGGGGAUUCUCGUGUCGCAUGCUGCCUUUUGCAGUGGCGUCCGCGAGAUGGGCCGAACCGGAAUCCUGAGCGCAGACACACGGAUCCUGCAACUCGCCUCUUAUGCUUUCGACAUCAGCGUGAUUGAGCAGCUGGCCACACUUAUUUUUGGUGGCUGUCUGGUAAUUCCAUCCGUCUCCCAGUGCCAGGAUGAUCUGGCGGGGGCCCUGCGCCACUUCCAGGCCGACACGCUGCUCACCACGCCCACCACGGCCCGUCUGCUGCAUCACCAGGCCACAGGCCUUCUCCGACAUCUAAUGCUAGGCGGGGAGCCCCUGUCGCUCGCUGAUCGGGAUUACUGGGUUCCCCGCCUGAAUCUGUGCCAUGGAUAUGGACCCGCUGAGUGCGCGGGCAUCCCGGUCACACAGUUGUCGUUGGACUCGCACGCGGACCCGCGUCGCAUCGGGCGAUCGACCACCGCCGGUUGCUGGAUUGUGGAUCCUGAGUCCCCCGACCGUCUGCUUCCCAUCGGGGCUAUCGGCGAGCUGCUGCUCGAGGGGCCGUCUCUGGCACGGGGCUACCUGGACGAUCCGCUCCGCACUGCGGCCAGCUUUCUCGACGCCCCCGCCUGGCUGCGCUGUCUCCGCCCUUCGGCGCGCCUGUACCGGACGGGGGACCUGGUGCAGUAUGCUCCUGAUGGGUCUCUACUAUUUGUCGCGCGCAAGGAUAAUCAGGUGAAGCUGCGCGGCCAGCGUGUGGAGCUGGGCCACGUCGAAACACACACGAUGGCUGCCUUUCCGGGCAGUCCACGCGCCGUGGCCGAGAUUGUGGAGCCUGCGGCAACUCCGGGACGCCCUGUCUUAGCGGUCUUUGUGCAGCGCGCGGCGGGUCCCUCCGCGUCGUUGGGCCCGGCCACCCUGGAGACCCCAUCGGGUGAGUUCCACGCCGCCGCUACGACGGCGUACACGGCUCUCGCAGCCCAGCUACCCAGGUACAUGGUCCCGGGCGUGUUCCUCCCAAUCACAAGCAUCCCAUGCGGAGCCACAGGCAAAGUCGACCGACGCACCCUCCGGGAGCUCGGGGCUCGUUUAUCCCGUGCAGACUGGGAAGCGUACCAGAGCCAGUCGAGCAAGAAGGAGGCGCCGUCAACCCCAACGGAGCAACACCUGCAGGAGUGCGUGUCGCAACUCCUAGACCUCCCACCGGACACGGUGGGCAUGAACGACCACUUCUUCCGACUCGGGGGGGACUCGCUGCACGCCAUGCGCAUGGUUGGUCUACUUCGUGAGCGCCACCUCGAUAUCCACGUGGCAGAUAUAUUUGCCAACCCAAUUCUUGAGGACCUCGCACGCCUGACCACGGCGCUGCUUCCCAAUGCAGACGUUGAUACGGGGCCGUUUGCGCUUGUCGAUAGCCCUGAUCUAUGGCCCUUGCGCCAAUCCGCCGCCGUACAGUGUCAGGUGUCUUGCGACGCCGUGGAGGAUGUAUAUCCGUGCACCCCCAUGCAGAAAGGGCUGUUUGCUCUCAGCCUGAAGUAUCCCGGUGCGUUCUGGGCCUGUGCGGACUACGAGGUGCCAGAUGAGCUCGAUUUUGUUCGCUUACAGGCCGCGUGGGCUGCGGUGGUGCAGGCACACCCCAUCCUGCGCACCCGCAUCAUCCGUCUUGAGACCGACGGCGAUCUGAUGCAGGCUGUGCUGCGCGAGGACGUCCUAUGGUCCGGACCAGUGCAGGACACGUCUCUGGUGGAGGGCGGCCCGCUGGCAUGCGCACGCUGGAUGCCGGAAUCCCGGCAAUUUCACCUAUCUUUGCAUCAUGCCCUCUACGAUGGCUUCUCCAUGAGACUACUCCACGCAGCACUACAGGAUGCCUAUCACGCAGCCACCGCCCCCCCUACUGUUUGUUCUUUCCGGCCCUUCGUGGAGUAUGUCCAGCGCAUUCCACCCGCUGAGGUUGAAGCAUCCUGGCGAGCGCAAUUUAAGGGUUUCACGGGGGCUCCGUUCCCAGCGCUUCCAACGCCGCAAUAUAUUCCAGAGCCACGAUCGAGCCAGUCGCAUACUACGGCGCUCUCCUUGAACCACGCCCUCGGGGCCACUAUGUCCACAGUGUUGCGCCUGGCCUGGGCCUUGACCACGGCGCAGUAUACCGGAUCGACAGACCUGGUGUUUGGCGUCGUCACGUCCGGUCGGGGGGCUCCUGUGACGGGUAUCGACGCGGUGAUUGGGCCCACUCUGGCCACAGUCCCUCUCCGUGUCCAGUGGCAGACGAGCGACAGAUUGCGCCCGUUGUUGCGGCGAGUUCAGGAACAGAUGACGGCAAUAAUGCCCGUGGAGCAGGUCGGGAUCUCACGGAUUGCUGGCGUGAGUGACGAGGCGCGGCAGGCCUGUCAGUUUCAGACGCUGCUCGUCGUGCAGCCGUCCGGAGAUUGGUCUUCGGGUUUUCUUGAACGGAUCAAAUCUCCAAGCGACGGCACCCCGGCCGAGGACGCGCAAGUCGACACGUACGGGCUAACACUGGUGUGUGAACCAGAUGCUGACUCGGUGACAAUCCGGGCCAUCUUCGAUGCCUCAAUGAUCACACCACUGCAGAUGUCGCGCAUGCUGCACCAGUUCACCACGAUGAUCCAUGCCAUUAAUGACGAACGGCUGUCUGUCGCACAGUGCCCACUAAGUGCCGAUGACAAGCGAGACCUCAUCCAGUGGAAUGCGCUGCCGGACCGCCCUCGACGGACGAUGAUCGAUCUGUUGACGCCGCGUGCUGCUCAGCAGCCAUCGUCGUUGGCAGUGCACGCGUGGGACGGUGACUGGACGUACGACGAGCUGUGGACACAGGCCUCGGGGCUUGCAUCCCAUCUGGCGGCCCAGAUCCCCGUGCAUGAGAAUUUCAUGGUGCCUAUCCUACUUGAGAAGUCUCGCUGGGUGCCGGUAGCGGUGCUGGCCGUGAUUCGUGCCGGUGGCGCCUUUGUGCUCCUGGAUGCAUCGCAGCCCCGAAGACGCCUCGAGGAAAUCUGCCAGGAGAUCGAUGCUGCCUUCAUCAUCUCAUCCGCGGUGUGCGCGAAUAUUGCAACCACCCUUGCCCCAAAAGUCGUUUCCGUGCCCCUGGAUGGUGCUUUGCCAUGGACAAACACGAACCCGGACGUCCCGCUCCCCGCCGCGGCCGCCCAGGAUGCGCUCUAUGUGGUGUACACAUCAGGCUCGACCGGGCGCCCCAAGGGCAUCGUGAUUGAACAUGGCGCCUUCGCGGCUAGCCUGCAGGCCUACCUCGAAACUGUCAGCAUGAACCCAGAGGUUCGUGGCUUUCAAUUUGCUUCAUACGCCUUUGAUGUCAGUGUGACUGACCUCCUGGCACCACUUGUGGCCGGCGGAUGCGUAUGCAUUCCCUCAGACGAUGAUUGCCAGAACCGUCUGGCCCAUGCCGCGACCGCUCUGCGCGCCAACUGGGCGGACUUCACACCAUCCCUGCUUAGAAAUCUCGAUCCGGAGGAUGUGCCCACAGUGACGACCAUCGUGGUGGGUGGCGAAUCCCUCGCCCGCAGCGAUAUUUCCAAAUGGAGCCCGCACAAGCGGCUGAUGAACAUAUACGGGCCGGCAGAAUGUUGCGUGCUGGCCACCGUGCAACCGAAUGUCACCACAGCCAGUGAUCCCGCCAAUAUCGGGUGGCCCACGGGCGGUGCCUGUUGGAUCGUCGACCCUGCUGAUCCCGAUCAUUUACUACCGGUUGGUGCUGUCGGGGAGCUGCUGAUCGAGGGGCCGAUACUUGGACGAGGGUAUCUUGGCCAACCCGCGCGGACUGCACAGUCGUUCGUGGCCUGUCCGUCGUGGAUCAAGGAGUUCCGUCCCGCUCCCCCUUCGCGGCUAUAUCGCACGGGGGAUCUGGUGCGCUAUGGGCUGGACGGAUCCUUGCAUUUCGUGGGCCGCGCAGAUACCCAGGUCAAGCUGCGCGGACAACGCAUCGAACUAGCCGCAGUAGAGUACCAAGUCGAGAUUUUGCUGCCCAUGGCGCGACAGGUCAUAACUGAGGUGGUCCGUCGUGCGGACACGGACAUCUUGAUGGCAUUCCUUCUCCUCCCAGGGGGAGAAGCAGAACAUAAACUUACUGUCGGUCGCUUCCUGAUUCCCACGCCAGACCAUUUGAGCCGGAUAGAUCAAGCCAGAGACGAGCUCCGGGCACGGCUCCCACGAUACAUGGUGCCCUUGCGCUUUUUGUGCAUCAGAGCGCUCCCUCUAACGAGGACGGGCAAAACCGACCGCCGACGCCUGCGUGAGGAAGCGUCCCAGCUGUCUGCUGAGGACCUAGCACGGGUGUCGGCCGGAUCGCAGAGUCAUCGACGCGCACCAGCCUCGGCCGAUGAGGAGACCAUCCAGCGCCUGUGCGCACGCGUCCUCAACCGAUCUGCCGACGCCAUCGCCUUGGAUGACUCCUUCUUCGACAAUGGCGGGGACUCCAUCACAGCGAUGAAGCUGGCUUCGAUCGCUCAACGACAGGACAUACCGUUGACGGUGGCGAGCAUUCUAGGCAGUCGUCGGAUAUCCAGCUUGAUCACCACACGCGGGGAGCCCCGGCCAGCAAAUCACACCCCUAGCGCCCCAUUCGCGCUUCUCCCCAAGUCCAGUCAGGAGGACAUCAUUCGAGCAGCGGCGCGCCAGUGCGCGGUCCCGGAGACUCAGGUCGAGGAUGUCUACCCCUGCACACCCAUGCAAGAGGGCCUGAUAGCCGGCACGAGCAGGGACCCCGCUGCCUACAUCGGCCAGAUAGACUUGCCCCUCCGCGCGGACGUGGACCGGGAACGCCUGCACAAAGCUUGGAAUUGUACUGCAAUCGCACAUCCAAUCUUGCGCACCCGAUUCGUGCACAUCGAGAGAGCCAUGUGGCAAGUGGUCGUCACGGACCCUGGAGCGUGGGAUCAAUCCCCCGAUGAGGGUUCCGUGAAGAGCAUGUUUGGGCGCCGUUUGGUGUCUCUGAACCUGCUGACGGGCGGCUCACCUGUCGUCCUGCGGCUUACCAUCCAUCAUGGGCUUUACGAUGGCAUGUCACUCCCACAGCUGCUCCGCCAAGUCGAUAUCGCCUACAAGGGCUUGCCGCUGACGCCCUCGCCCUUCAACCGCUUUGUGGCUUACCUUCAAGAGACGACAAACCAUUCCACCAUGGCUGCAUACUGGCGCGAACAGUUCCGAGACGUCCAGGCCGCCAUCUUCCCAGCGCCUCCGACGGCCCGCUACACGCCGCAGGCGACCUCACGGCUGGACCACAAAGCCGCACUACCGGUGAUGCGCUACCGCAACUGUAGCCUUGCUACGCUGGUGCGUGCCGCCUGGGCCGUGAUCGCGGCGCAUUACACCGACGUCACUGACGUCGUCAUGGGCGUGACCCUGGCCGGUCGCAGCGCGCCGGUGCCGGGGAUCGAGGCCCUCACAGGGCCCACGUUCGCCACCGUGCCCGUGCGAAUCCAGCUGGACCCGUCCCAGUCGCUGGAUGCCUGGCUUCAGCAGGUCCAGGACCAGUCGACUAGCAUGAUCCCUUUCGAGCAUACGGGCCUACACCACAUCCGCCAGCUGGGCCCAGACGCGGCACGUGCCUGUCGCUUCCAGACGCACCUCGGAGUCCAGUUCCCCGAUGACGACAAUGGAGAAGAAGACAAUACCACUGGAAAUUCAUCCGUCUUUGUCCAGGCGCCUGCCGGGCGAGCGCCACCGGGCGUCUUCGCCAGUUACGCCCUGGUCCUGAUUUGUACCCCUUCCGCUGACGGACGGUCGAUACAUUUUGCUGCGCACUAUGACCCGCACGUGCUGGCAGCGGACGAGACCCGUCGUCUUGUCGUGCAGUGCGCCGGUGUCCUACAUCAGCUUGUCGACCGCACCGUGCCACGGGUGCAGGACCUACAGAUUCUGACACCAGAGGAGAUCUCCCAGCUCAGCCGGUGGAACGCGGAGGUGCCGGAAGUCGAGCGCCGGACGCUGGUCGAUCUUAUUGUCGCGCACGCGGACCUACACCCAACAGCACCCGCGUUGGUGUUCGAGGAGACAGAGACAUCUUAUGCGGAGAUGUGUACCACAGCGUGGCGAUUCGCAGCGUACCUCCGCACCCGCGGCGUGCGGACGGAAACCAUCGUUCCGCUAUGUUUCCCAAAGGGUCCGUGGACAGUGAUCUCCCUGUUGGCAGUUCUGAUGGCCGGGGGCUGCUGUCUUCUUCUCGAUGCAGGCCACCCGCGCGCGCGCCUGGCGAGCCUCGUGCGCCAGGCGGGGAGUCACCUGGUUCUGGCACACCCGACGACCGCCGGCCAUGUGGUGGAUGAAGAAGGGGUGGAAGUGGUCGUCGUGUCGCCUGAUUUUCUCGCAGCGCUGCCCCCUCUCGAUGAUGUGAUGCGGUCGGAUAGCAGCUCGGAUGGUGCAGCCUUCCUCAUCUUCACUUCAGGCAGCACCGGGCAGCCCAAGGGCAUUAUCCUGGAGCAUGCUCAGCUCUCCACAAGCAUCCGGUACCAUCGGGACGGGAUGCGGAUGAGUCGCGCCAGUCGCAGCCUGCACUUCGCCUCGUAUGCCUUCGAUGCCAGCAUCUAUGAGAUUUGCAGUACAUUGGUGGCGGGCGGUUGCGUCUGCAUCGUCUCCGAUCAAGAUCGCUUGAACGAUCUCGCCGGGGCGAUGUGCCGGCACAGCAUCAACUGGGCGACAUUGACCAAUACCACCGCACGCCUUCUGCAUCCGGCGCAGGUGCCAGACCUUCAAACGCUAGUGUUAGGCGGGGAAGCCGUCACCCAAGACGUUGUCGAUCGCUGGGCGGCGCACGUCACGCUCGUCAAUGGCUACGGUCCAGCGGAGGCCACCAUCUGCGCGCUGGGUGACAUGCCCCCCGAGGGCUGGCGUCCCGGCACCAUUGGCACUACAGUGGGCGCCGUCAGCUGGAUCACCACUCCGUCUAACCCGGAACAGCUGGCGGCCAUUGGGGCAGUAGGGGAGCUCUUGCUUGAAGGCCCGGUGCUCGCCCGCGGCUACCUCCGUGACCCCGAAAAAACUGCCGCGGCGUUCUUGCAGGGGCUGCCGUGGCUGACACGCUUCCGACACGGUCGUCGAGACAUCCGGGUCUAUCGAACGGGAGAUCUGGUGCAGUACACGCCCCAGGGUGAAUUGCGCUAUGUGGGGCGCAAAGACACUCAGGUCAAACUGCGUGGGCAACGCAUCGAGCUGGGCGAUAUUGAAUGUCGCCUAUCUCGCUGUAUGCCCCACGCUCGCGAUCUUGCAGUAGAGGCGAUUACGCCAGUCGAUGGCGCCCCGAUGCUGAUGGCGUUUGCAUAUUGCCCCGGCGAGGUUACUGAUGAUGAUCUCUUACCCCCAUCCCUCUUCGCUGCGCAGUCCGAGUCCUUUCGUCGCACGGCCAAUACAGCCCUAGAGGAUCUCAAACAAACCGUACCGGGCUACAUGGUGCCGAGCGUCGUCGUACCACUCCGCCGACUACCUCUCACACCGACCGGUAAGACCAACCGCCGUCAACUACGAGAAGAGGCAGCGGCGCUCUCUCGCGACGACAUCGCCGGGUACAUCGCCGCGGUACAACCGAUGCGGAUGCCCACCACCCCGACCGAGCGCUUACUCCAGGGCAUCCUCUCCAACGUUUUUGACAGACCCGCCCAGGAAAUCAGUAUGGACGCUGACUUCGUCCAGCUUGGGGGUGACUCAGUAACCGCCAUGAAAACCGCCGCGCAGGCGGGUCAUCAGGGCCUUCCACUGACUGUUGUCGAUCUGCUCCAAACCCACAAGUUGAGCGAACUGGCCGCCAGGCUGGCGCAAUGCAAGCCACCGGGAUUAUUAUCGGCCCCCGAGCGCCCGGUACCAGGCUCAUACUUCGGCUUCCACACGCAGCAGCAAUUCGUCCAGAGUGUUCACCAGGAGCUACCUCGAGCCUUCACAUCUACAAACGAGAUCGAAGAGAUCCUGCCAGCAACCCAGGGCCAGGUGGAGAGACUGAACCGUCCUGUGUUCUAUCUGAUCCUGCAGACAGCCGGUCGUGUGGCGCCGGAGCGUCUGGUGGCCGCCAGCACGGCGCUCAUCCAGCGCCAUAGCAUUCUCCGAACCGUCUUCUUUCCCUACCGCGGUCACGUCGUCCAGGUUGUCUUGCAUCGGCUGAAUUCACCAGUCGAAUCCGUCACCUUGCAGGAUAUGUCGCCGUCCGCGGUGGACCAGCAUUGUGCUGCGGACAGUCCCCCCACGCCAGUAUUUGCCCAGCCUGCAACCAAAUUCAUCGUGGCCAACUCUGGGCAGUCGACCAGUGCUCUUAUCUUGCGUCUUUCCCAUGCUCAAUUCGACGGCUUGUCCACAGGAAUUCUGUGGGAGGACUUGGUCGCGCUGUACCAUGGCCAGUGCCUGCCCGACCCCGUGCCCUACACCACCCACCUCUACCGCUGGCUAGCUGCGUCCACGCCAGCAGCGCUAGACUACUGGCGCUCCCUCCUGGCGGGUAGCCAGUUGACCACCAUUUCCCGCGAAACGCUCGCUGAAGAUUCCGAGAAGCAGUUCCUCCUCGCCCAUCGAAUCGUUCACGUCCCCGAGCUACCGGCCGGCAUCACCAGCGCGACGAUGGCAAAGGCCGCCUGGGCAGUCACCUUAGCCCAGCACACAGGAGAGAGAGACGUCGUCUUUGCCCAGACGGCGCAUGGGCGCCACGCGGCGACGGCCCACGCCGUGGGCCUCUGUAUCAACCAGCUGGCGGUGCGCGUGUCGCUGGCGGACCUCGCCACGGGACAGGAGGUCCUCGACCGCGUCCACCAGCAACACAUCCAGUCACUGCCAUUCGACGGUCUGGAAUACGCCGACGUUGUCAGGGAGUGUACCCCCUGGCCAGACCACGAGCCGGGGGCCUCGGUGGUCACCCACCAGAACUUCAGCCUGGAAAAGCCGCUCGAACUAGACGGGGUGCAGUGCCCCCUGCGCAACUGGACCGUAGAUCCUCCUCGCCCGGGCAUCGCGAUCGAAUCGACCCCCGGGCCCGCAGGACAGUGGCACCUGCGAUUGUCUACGUCAACGGGAACACUCGACCAGAGCGAAGCUGACAGCUUGUUGCGACAGUAUGAGCACGUCCUCGUGCAACUCGCGUCAGCGCCAACCACCUCCCUAUCUCACUUCUUUCCACCCUCAUGA